UUUUACCUCCCCCAGCACAUUCUCCCCCCUCCCUGCCCAGCAGGAUGUGGGUGGGGGUGCUGGGUGCCCAUCCCGGGGCGGGGCUGUGCUGGAGCUCGGUGGGCUCAGCUGGCCAGGCGAGCUGUGUUCCAAUGGAGAGGCACCUUCCCAGUGCCUGAGGCUCAGUGGAUGCAGGAGCUUGAGGACAGCGUGGGGACCUCAAGGAACAUCCAGAGGAGGUGCUGAGGCCACAUCAGGAGCUGGCAGGAGGGAGCAGGCGGGUGAAGCCCAGAGCGGGGAGGGCACUGGCACAACCUGGGAGUCACAGACCGUGGCUGCAGCGAGGAUUUCCCAGCAAACAUUUGGUUAGGGGGACGGUGCAGCCUCUGGGUUCCUCCUGGUCCCUCCAGCACCUUCGUCUGGUCACGCAUCGCUGACGUGAACGUGAGGUGAGGACAACAGCCCUGGCGAUGGAGAGGAGCACCCUGAGGAGCAGCAGGACCCUUCUGGAUGGCAGGGUCUGUCCCUGGCACAGCGGGAGCCGGGCAGGGGGGCUCUGCCUGCCCUCAGAGCCGCUGUGCCCCCGUGGCUGUGCCGUGGACAGGGCUGGCCGUGCCCCCCUGUGCCGGCUCCACGGCCCCUCAGCUGCGUGAGGAGCCGGCUCUGGCCUUGGCCCGCCGUGAGUGACAGCUCUUAUCUGGCGGCUGACGGGGCAGAAUCCUUCAGCCCCGCGUACUUAAGGCCGCGGCGGCGAGGCCGGGGCAGAGCCGCGCCGGCCGCAGAACCGACCGCAGAACCGAACCCCGCCACGCACCGCGAUGCUCCCGGCCACGUCCAAGCUCUGCGCCGCCAUCUCCUACCGGCACCUGCGCAACAUGACCGGUCUGAGGAGACAAGCCGCCGUGGCCCUCAGCCAGGAGCUGAGCAGACUCGCCUGCCGCAGCCCAGGACCCAGCUCCUGGAUCCACCAGGUGCGCAGGAGGAGCUCCCUGCUCAGCUCGAGGCUGGAGGAGAAGCCCUUCAGCGAGAUGGAAAUGUCCUACAUCAAGCAAGGAGAGGAAGCCCUGCAGAAAUCCCUCAGAAUCCUGGAGGACCAGGACGGCUGGAAGACAGAGACGGUGGCGGGAAACGGAGACAAAGUGCUGAGCAAGGUGCUGCCGGACGUGGGGAAGGUGUUCCGGCUGGAGGUGGUGGUGGACCAGCCCCUGGACUCCGUGUACGGAGAGCUGGUGGACAACAUGGAGCAGAUGGGAGAGUGGAACCCCAACGUCAAAGAAGUCAAGAUCCUGGAGAAGAUUGGGAAGGACACGGUGAUCACCCAUGAGAAGGCAGCAGCCACCCCCGGGAACAUCGUCGGGCCCCGGGACUUCGUGAGCGUGCGGUGCUCCAAGAGACGCGGCUCCACCUGCGUCCUGGCCGGCAUGUCCACCACAUACGGGGCGAUGCCGGAGCAGGAGGGGUUCAUCAGGGCUGAGAACGGUCCCACCUGCAUGGUCCUGCGCCCGCUGCCCGGCAGCCCCUCCCAGACCAGGCUGACCUGGCUGCUCAGCAUCGACCUCAAGGGCUGGCUGCCCAAGACCAUCAUCAACCAGGUCCUGUCCCAGACACAGGUGGACUUCGCCAAACACCUCCGGCAGCGCCUGGCCCGGCCCGUGCCCGUGACCUGCUGACCAGGACCCGCCCACCGCCCGGGGCAGGGCUUUGUUCAGGGGGCAAAGGGGGAGUCACUUUGAUCAGCCAAGGCCUUUAGCAGCAGACACUGCUAAUUAAGACACGGUUUCAAUCAAUAAAUAUAAAGGUUUAUUUAUUGGAAAGCGCUGUGGAAGUGCAGGACCAAAAACUGAAGUCCCACAUUUGCUUCACUGAGCACGGUGCUGGCCCAGUCAGGCACCUCUACCCUCCCUAAUUACUGUCACUGAAUAAAUAAAGCUUUAAUUAGUGGUGUCUACAAUUAAAGGCCUGGGAUAAUUAGUUAUUAGGGAGGUCCCAAACAUCUGACUGGGAAGAUACAUCCUCAGUGAGGGAAACACAGGCCUGACUGAAUCUCACCUUUUGCUCCCCCUAGACUUAAAACACAGCACUUAACUAACAAUUUUAUUCCCUCUCCCCACCCAAAGCAGCUCUAAUUUAUUUUUCCUGUACAGACACAGACAGAGUGUCAAAUUAUUUAUUCAUCCAAAAGCUCUGCAAUGAUGAUCAUUGGCAGGAGGCCCAGUGUAACUCCUGCGAGCCAGAUCUUCAGCUUGAGAGAUCUCCAAAUGUAGCUACUUUGAGUUUAAAUCUCGCUUGUAACAAUUUACAAGACCAAAACAGAAUAAAAAGAAGAGUUAAAACCUUUA